AUGGAUAUUCCGGAUGGAUCAAUCAAGUUUGCCCAUGGGUGGCUUUACGAAUUCCAGCAGCGCCACAGGCUAAGGGCCGUCCGUGGAGAGAGCGGUUCAGCCGAUGUGGCUGGACUUGAAGCAGCUCUACAAGAGUUGCAAGCAGCCGUCUCCAAGUUUGCUCCCCGUGAUGUGCACAACACGGACGAAACUGGUAAGUUCUCCUGA